ACCAACAUGGCACCCUCAAAGAGAUCUAAGUGAAGCUGCUGUUGCUUGCGGCUCCUAUCCUCCUUCCCAGCAUGCUGGUGCACUUAUUUCGGAUGGGAAUUCGGAGAGGCUCUGUCCCAGGCAGGCCGCUACAAGCCCUCCGUUUCCAGACAUUCUCAGCCGUCAGGUGCUCGGAUGGCAGCCGCAGCACACACCUUCUCAGGGCUGCAGCCCACCUGCGGGCCCAGAUCCCAGCCCACCUGCCUGGCCGCAUCCCCCGGGCCUUGCACUGGCUGGGAGGACUCCUGCUAGUCCCCAUGGUGCUGCCCAAGGGCUCACGGCUCUACCUGGUGGCACAGUGUGAGGCAAACAAGGCUCCUCGGGCCUCCCACAAACGCCGGGUGACAGAAGCCCACUUCAACUGGAGGCUCUUCUGGAAGUUUCUACGCCCUCACCUUCUCCUCCUGGGGGCAGCCGUCGUGAUGGCCCUGGGCGCCGCCCUGAUCAACGUGCAGAUCCCGUUGCUCCUGGGUCAGCUCGUGGAGAUCGUGGCCAAAUACACACGGGAACACGCGGGCAGCUUCCGGGCUGAGUCCCGGAGCCUCAGCACUCACCUGCUUCUGCUCUAUGGCGUUCAGGGUCUGCUGACUUUUGGGUACCUGGUGCUACUAUCGCGCGUGGGCGAGCACAUGGCUGUGGACUUGCGGAAAAGCCUCUUCAAUAGCCUGCUCCGACAGGACAUUGCUUUUUUCGAUGCUAAUAAAACUGGGCAGCUGGUGAGCAGGCUGGCUACUGACGUACAGGAAUUCAAAUCCUCCUUCAAGAUGGUCAUCUCCCAGGGGCUGCGUAGCUGCACGCAGGUGAUUGGCUGCCUUGUAUCCCUGUCCCUGCUGUCUCCACGCCUCACACUGCUGUUGAUGGUGACCACACCUGCCCUCAUGUGUGCCGGCACAAUGAUGGGCUCCAUGCUCCGGAAGUUAUCCCGUCAGUGUCAGGAACAGGUCGCUAAGUCCACAGGGGUGGCCGAUGAGGCCCUGGGCAAUGUGCGGACAGUGCGUGCCUUCGCCAUGGAGCCGUGGGAAGAGGAACGCUACGCGGAGGAACUGGAGGCUGCAUGCAGCAAGGCUGAGGCUUUGGGCCGGGGUAUCGCCAUGUUCCAAGGGCUCUCUAAUAUUGCCUUCAACUGCAUGGUGCUGGGCACCCUCUUCGUUGGGGGCUCCCUUGUGGCUGGACAGCAGCUGAGAGGAGGCGAUCUCAUGUCCUUCCUGGUGGCCUCCCAGACUGUGCAGAGGUCCAUGGCCAACCUCUCAAUGCUCUUUGGUCAGGUGGUACGGGGCCUCAGUGCAGGUGCUCGUGUUUUUGAAUACAUGACUCUGCACCCCAGCAUCCUACUCUCCGGGGGCUGCUGCAUCCCCCGGGACCAGCUGCAGGGUGCCAUCUCCUUUCAGGGCGUCUCCUUCAGCUAUCCCUGUCGGCCCAGCUUCCCAGUGCUUCAGGAUUUCACCCUUGAGCUGCCCCCUGGCAAGACGGUGGCCCUGGUGGGCCAAUCUGGGGGAGGGAAGACUACGGUGGCAUCACUGCUGGAGCGUUUCUACGACCCCACAGCUGGCCGGGUGGUGCUGGAUGGGUGGGACCUGAGAGACCUGGACCCCUCCUGGCUGCGGGGCCAAGCCAUUGGCUUCAUUAGCCAGGAGCCAGUCCUGUUUGGUACGACCAUCAUGGAGAAUAUCCGAUUUGGGAAACCAGGGGCCACGGAUGAGGAGGUAUACGCAGCCUCAAGGGAGGCGAAUGCUCACGACUUCAUCAGCCGCUUCCCCGACGGCUACAACACUGUUGUCGGGGAACGGGGAGCUACCCUGUCAGGGGGCCAGAAGCAGCGCCUGGCCAUUGCCCGUGCCCUCAUCAAGCAGCCAGCAGUCCUGAUCCUGGACGAGGCCACCAGCGCACUUGAUGCAGAGUCCGAGCGGGUGGUACAGGAGGCCCUGGACCGGGCCAGCACAGGUCGCACUGUGCUGGUCAUCGCACACCGACUCAGCACCAUCCGUGGGGCCCACCGUAUCAUUGUCAUGGCACAUGGCCGUGUCUGCGAGAUGGGGACCCAUGAAGAGCUCCUAAAGAAGGCUGGGCUCUACGCAGACCUUGUACGGAGGCAGACCCUCGAUAUCCAACCUCCUGAGGUGCCCCAAGGCUCCAGGGACUCCCACGUUGAGUCCUGAGAGUGGCCCCGUCUGUGGUCACAGUGAGCCAGG